GCAGCGGACGGCCUCGUCCGGCAGCGCCCUGAGCUCGCUGGAGUCAUUUCGGGGAGACUCGGAGCAGUUCCUGCCGUUGCCGGGGGCUGACAGCGCGAGGGAAGAGGGGGCUGGACGGUCCCGUCCAACAGGCACGGAAAGGAGCGGUGAGCCGGGCUCGGUGUUGCAAAAGUCCGGCAGGGUUCUGAGGGCAUCGGUGCGGGGACCCUGCCGGGCACAAGCUCCCCUAUCCCCACAGAAAGCCACCGCCACUCCUCAGGCAGCGCUGCCUCCCGUUAAUGGUGAGCCAGAGCACCCUGCACUGUAUGACAGUGCCGCUUCUGAUGAACCAUGUGAUGAUCUAAGAGAUUCAACAAAGGAAAGCUUGUGUUGUCAGAGGGGCAAAACCAAGAAGUACCAGCUUACGCCGGUGGUGGUCUUGGACCCUCAAGAAGUGCCAAUGUGGCUGACAAGCAUGAAACGCAACAAAAAGGCAGAUGCUCAACCUGCCUACCAGCAGCCAGUAUCUCCUUUGGACCUUCAAAGAAUCUUGGGGAAUAAACAUAAAAGUACCAAAGUCGUUUCUGGAGAGGAAAGUACCUGUAGAAAAGCUUGCAUCAGCGGCUUCAGUGCCAGCCGGUGGGGGAGGCAAACAAGGCUCCGUCCAAAAAGGCACAAGAAUAAGAGACAGCAGCAGCCUAAUAACUCCUUUUUUGGACCACAGAUGAGGCAAAAAGGAAUGAAGAAGGGUGUUCUGGAGAUGUCUGUAGAUAUAAGAGACAAUGACGAUUCACUCCUCAAUAGCUCCCAUUCCUGGGGUAGAGUUCGAGCAUCUUUGUCCUUCCAUAAGAAGAAGAAAGUUACCACAGAAGAGAGUUCCUGCAACAGCAUCCUUUGUACCCUUUCUGUGAAAUCCCAGCUUUCAGGGCACCAAGUAACCCUAUCUGCUGGUAAGGCUCAGUGCAGCACUUGGUCUGCUUCCUCCAUGCUCCUGCUGGCUCCCAGGAAUUCCUGUUCUGUCCUGGAGCUAAUGCUUACAGAUGCAGAGAAGGUGUUUGGGGAAUGCCACCAGGAGGGGCCUAUCGCUUUUGAGGAAUGCAUUCCUUUAGAUAAGAUGAAAGAUUGCAAGAAAAUUGGAGAAGGGGUGUUCGGAGAGGUCUUCCAGAUUGACAGCGAGAGAGGACCUGUGGCCUUAAAAAUAAUUCCCAUUGAGGGGACUGAAAGAGUAAAUGGUGAAGCUCAAAAGAGCUUUGGAGAGAUUCUGCCUGAGAUAAUAAUUUCAAAAGAACUCAGUCUUCUGUCUGAAGAGUCUGUGAAUAGGACUGUCGGGUUCAUUAGCUUGUACUCUGUGCACUGUGUUCAAGGGGCCUAUCCUCAGUAUCUCCUGGAAGCCUGGGACAAAUACCAUGAAGUAACAGGAUCAGAAAAUGAUCGGCCAGACCUUUUUGGGGAUGAGCAGCUCUUCAUGGUUCUGGAGUUUGAAUUUGGAGGCAGUGACUUGGAGAAUAUGAGAAACAGGUUUAGUUCAGUGGCAUCAGCAAAAAGCAUUUUGCACCAGGUCACUGCUUCCCUGGCUGUGGCAGAACAGGAACUGCACUUCGAGCACAGAGACUUGCACUGGGGGAACGUGCUGGUAAAGAAAACGGAUGUGAAAGAGCUUAAUUAUGUGUUGAAUGGGGCAACGCGGACAAUCCCCACAGCAGGGAUUCAUGUCAACAUCAUAGAUUAUACUUUGUCUCGGCUGGAGAAGGAUGGGCUAACUGUGUUUUGUGACCUUUCCACUGAUGAAGAACUGUUUCAAGGCACAGGGGACUACCAGUUUGAUAUCUACAGGCAAAUGAAAGUGGAGAAUUCCAAUAGCUGGACUGACUAUCAUCCACACACCAACGUCCUCUGGCUGCACUACUUGUCAGAUAAACUUUUGAAAGACAUGGGCUACAAGAAAAAGGAAUCGACUUCUGCCAUGAGGAAAAUAAAGCAGCAGCUCAUUAAGUUCCACAAAGAAGUACUGACCUUUGAGUCUGCCAACGAAGUUUUACAAAACAGCAGCCUCUUCCAGUGA